AUGUCUAGCAAGUCUGUGACAAUUAUCGGCGCUGGCAUUGCAGGCCUCAAGGCUGCAGAAGUGCUUCUUAAGAGUGGCCGUUUUGCCAAGGAAGAUAUAGUGAUUCUCGAGGCUCAAGAUAGAGUUGGAGGCAGAAUCAAGACUGAUAAGGACUCUUCGAAGUUGGGUGUAUCGUAUGACUUGGGUGCAGCCUGGUUCCACGACGCUUUGACCAAUUCAGUGUUGUAUGAUAGCAUUGACAAUGGCACGUUUGUGCCUGCGAAGGAUGGGUACUUUGACGAUAAGGAUAUUGCUAUGUAUGCUCUGGAUCAAGAUGGCCCAUUGGACUCGGGAAACUUGAAAUUGGUCAGAGUGCUCGAGGAUAUGGAAAAGUUCAUGGAAUUGUACUUCAUGUCGGACUUGGGAGUCAAGGACAUUUCGUUAGAUGAGCUUGCUAAGUUGUACGUGGAGAAGUAUAAGGUGUUCCUUACGCCAGAGCAGCUUCGGUACUGCUGCAGGGUCUUUCGUUACUAUGAGCUUUGGUUCGGUAUUCCAUCUUAUGAUAUCUCGGCCAAAUACGCUCCUAUGGAUCACCAGGGCCGUAAUCUCUAUAAUAAGAUAGGCCACGGGUUUGCAAUUGACCAUUUGGUGUCUCAGAUCGAUUGUGAGAUCCUGAAGCAGCACCAAGUGACGAAGAUCAGCAGAAACAUUAGAGGUGGUCCAAAGAAAAAUAAAGUGGAGUUGGCCGAUGGAAGUACUAUUGAUACGGACUAUGUUAUUGUUACUGUUCCACUUAGUAUACUUAAACUCAAGGAAGGACCCCAGAAAAUUACGUGGGAACCUCCGCUUCCUAAGCCUAUAACUGAAGCCUUGGACCAGAUUUCAGUAGGAUCGCUAGGAAAAGUCAUUUUCGAGUUUGAUAUGAUCUGGUGGGACAAGAAUCAGGACAGAUUUGAUAUUAUUCCUGACGACGUUUCUUCGUUUGGAGUGGUACCUAAAUCAUGGGAAUACCCAAGCAUCAUUGUCAACUACGCCAGAGUGAAGCCUGGUACGCCGUCGUUGGUUUUACUUACGCAGUCUCCAGUUACAGACUAUUUGGAAGAGCAUCCUGAACAGGCCUGGCCAUUCUUGAAGCCUAUGCUUUCAAAGUUGAACAUUUCCAGUUUCUCUGUUCCCGAUCCAAUCAACACCAUCGUUACAGACUGGACCAAAAACCCCUUUGCAAGAGGUGCUUACUCGGCAGUACGCACUGGCGACUGCCCUGACGAUUUAAUCAUUCAUCUUAGUGGUGAGAACGAAGGUGUGGGUAUGGGAUCUGGCUCUACCAUCCGUUUCGCUGGCGAACACACUAUCGCUGAUGGUAGCGGCUGUAUCCAUGGAGCUUACGAUUCAGGAAAGAGGGAAGCAGAAUGGAUUUUGAACGAUUCCAAAUAA